GGAUAGGCCCAGGAACACGAAGAAAUGGAGCAGCCCCUGCAGAAUGGACAGGAAGACCGCCCUUUGGGAGGAGGUGACGGCCACCAGCCUGCUGCCAACAACCACAACCGAAGAGGACAGGCUCACCAACUUGCCCCUAACUUUCGAUGGGCCAUACCCAAUAGGCAGAUUAAUGAUGGGUUGGGUGGAGAUGGAGAUGAUAUGGAAAUGUUCAUGGAGGAGAUGAGAGAAAUCAGGAGAAAACUUAGGGAGCUACAGUUGAGAAAUUGUCUGUGUAUUCUGAUGGGGGAGCUCUCAAAUCAUCAUGAUAGUCAUGAUGAAUUCUGCCUUAUGCCUUGACCGGCCCUUUUCCGUGAGAUCAUACUGUGAUUCCCGGUGGAUUCCUUUUCCUUGCAUUCUCCUGACAUGCCUUUACUGAUCUGUUUGUGGUGAGCCUUGUACUAUUUCUAUGUACCAGGUGGUCUGUGCUGCCAGCCUCUAACUGGAGAUUGCCUUCCCGCUCAGUGUAAGUUUCUGUCAACAGUACAGUGUUGCCCAUUUGCAUGGAAAAAAUGUAAAGUAAAUAAAG